UAAUUAUAGCACAGCACCGACGAGCGGAGUCAGAAUAAACUAUUAACACCCAUUCUGUAUCAGCCAAUCUCAUUCUCUCUGCCAUUUUCCCAUUCAGUCUCUCAACUCUGGCCCUUUCCACAACAAACAAAAACAAAACAAAAAAGCCGCUAAUUGUGCAAAAGUUCACUAACUGCGAGUCAUCACCUCCAAAUUUCUUUACUUUUCAAGCUGGAAACUAAAAAGAAGGAACAAAGUCACUUGUAAAAGUUUUGCACUCACACCCACUUGAGAAAAAAAGAUUCUUGAUCCCUUUUGCCUUGAAAAUACCACUUUGAACUUUUUUUUUUUUUUUGCUGUUGCAAAGCAUGCCAAAUUGGGAGCUGAAGCAUUGUUGCAAGCAUGAACAAAUCGUUUUUCUCGCAACUCUUGGUGUUUGUGCUGUUGUCAUUCUUGCACUAUGGAGGACAGUGCUGCUACUACCUUUCAAGCUCGUUACCGUGUUUAUUCAUGAAGCUAGUCAUGCCAUAGCUUGCAAACUUACUUGCGGACAUGUUGAGGGAAUACAGGUUCAUGCUAAUGAAGGUGGCACCACACAAACGCGUGGAGGUGUAUAUUGGUUCAUCUUGCCAGCUGGAUAUCUUGGUUCAGCAUUUUGGGGAAUGGUUUUAGUGCUUGCAUCCACCAAGCUCCUUUCAGCAAGAAUUGCAGCAGGAUGUUUAGUGGUCACUCUAAUUGUUGUUCUUUUUGUGGCUAAAAAUUGGACACUCCGGGGCCUUUGUAUAGGGUUUGUUCUCUUCCUUGCUGUUGUAUGGAUUCUGCAAGAAACAACAAAGAUAAAAAUUCUGCGGUACAUCAUUUUGUUCAUUGGUGUAAUGAACAGCUUAUUUUCUGUAUAUGAUAUAUACGAUGAUCUGAUAUCACGAAGAGUUAACUCAAGUGAUGCUGAGAAGUUCGCUGAAGUGUGUCCCUGUCCUUGUACUGGUGUUGGCUGGGGAGUUAUCUGGGGACUCAUUUCUUUCUUGUUUCUCUGUGGAGCCACAUAUCUUAGUUUGGUGAUCUUGUCCUAAGAUGAAGAAACUAUAUAGGCGUUCAUAUUAAGUGUCCUAAGCAACAGAGUUGCAGGCUGAGGAGCUGGAUACUUGACACAACUCAAGGGACUCCCAUUCAUACAAAGUUCAAGAGCAUUUGUGUACCCCUAACGAUAACGUUGGUUUGGCUCCUUACUAUUUAUGGGACUGUAUUUGCCAAAUCAUUUUUGCAAGCUGGAUUACUGCAGCAUAACUUACAAUACAAACAUGUUUGGGUGCGGCGAGAGGAGAAUUAGAGUACUAUAGUGCUACAACUAUAACAUUGUUCUAUUUCCUUUCUCAUACACCAAAAGGAAUCUCAGUAUAUGGUACAUUUCCUCAUGACUUGGUCUCUUUGACAUUUGCUGUUGUAUACAUCAGUUUCAUUUUCUUCAUAGAACUCUAUAGCUUUCAGGUUUUGGAUAUUUUGUUAAGUUUAAAUUCUGUCAGUGACAAUAACAUCAUUCCUACUA